UCCUCGUGGGCCCCACGUCAUCCCUCUGUCUUCUUCUUCAUCCAACUAAUCAUUUCCUCUUUUCUGAAGCGCCUGUGAGAUAGGUAGGCAUGCCCUUUAUCUUUUGAGAUCUCUUAUCUUUUCCCUUUGAUCUCUCCGCCCAAAUCAAUCCAAAAUCGAGCACCACAAAGCCUUUCGUUCCCCUUCCACUCCAUUCUUCCGCUACUUCCUCGAGUUUGCCCGCCGCGCCCCGAAGCUCCUCGGAGCUCUCGUCGCCUUGCUUGUUCCCUUCUUGUGUGUGAUGUUCAGGAUACUUUGCCAUGCUUGCCCACUAAAUUUUGAGCCGUGGUAGCGUAGAUUGAAGAACUGGAUGUGUUCCAACCGGAUGGAUUCUAGUUUCGAUCGAUCUGCAAAGAGCAGGCGUCUGGAAGGGCUGCCGCUGCGCCUGGUCUCCUUGUCCACCAACACAUUUCACAUUCUACAUUUUGUAGUUGCUAGAUCAGCGGCAGAGCAUGAAAAUAUGGCAUUUGAUGCAGACAAUGAAUGAGACAGAACAGCUGAAUCAGCUUCAGGCCUUCAGUAUGGAACCUUUAAUUUUGUCGGUGAGAAUUCUCAGUUCCACACCGAGGCUGUUCGCAUGACAUCUAAGCUCGAUAAGAGAUAUUGCGCUCUGGUUGAGAUGCGCAAUUCUAUUGCUUCAUGCAUUGGUAGCCAAACAUAUGAGAGAAAUACAAAUAUGGGAGAUUUUGAUGUUUUUGCUAAUUGCUAUGUUCCGCUUCAUGGUUCUGUGCAACACAAUUUAAUAAUUUGGAUGGCUCGGGUGACGAGACCACUCGGGCAAACGAAUAUAGAGCUGCACAAGGAAUCACAGUACGGGGCGGAGUUGCUUUUUUACCUGUUGUACCAACAUAAAAAAUAUGUUACAAAUGCAAAAAGUCUGGAGAUCUUUCUCGUGAUUGCCCAGAAAGUACGUCUGAGAUGGAUCCAAAUGAUGUCAGCAUUGGUAGAAGCAGAGUUGUAGACGAAAUUUUUGGUUCAAACGCCUCAUCCAGUGCAAACAUCGUCUUCAAGUCUGUCCGAUCCACAUCCAACGGCAGAGGAGACUGAGCAAAAUGUUUCCGGAGGAGAAAGCUAUAAAUACAGCAUCGAUUUGUAAAGACUAGAAAGUUGUAAUUACAUCAAUGCUGCAAUUCUGUUCAUUGAUUCAGAAUUUGUAAAUGUAUCAAUGCUGCAUUCUGUAAUCUGUGGUA